GCCUUGUUGGGGUCGUCCUAUGCCCUUCGCGUGCUAGCGGGUUCGUGUUGUCCCUAUGCCAUGACAAGAGGAAACAUCCCGAGCCGGCAAUGAUCGCGGCCCCGGUUGAGGCUCCACAUGGGGGUUCCUGAGCUAAUAUUGCAGCUUCAUGCAACGCCGCCGAUCCUAACGUGGUCGACCUCGAGCUAGCCUUGCCUCGACCGCACACCGUGAUAUCCUCACCCGCUCAGCCUGGUCGCCCCUUGGUCGGCUGGGCAAAAGACGACGAAGCCAUGCCUCCGUGAAAAGGUAUAAAGAAGCCUCAGGUUCGCCGGUUUAGGUUUGUAUUUUCCCUUUCCUCAUCACAGCAGACAAUUCAUCACAUCCAUCCAUCCAUCUCAACAACAUCUCAAACUUUUCAAACCUUCCAACCCAAACCCAACCCACAAACCAUCAAAAUGCGUUUCUCCACCGCCAUCAGCACCAUCGCCCUCGCCCUCAGCGGCAGCGCCAUCGCGCAGAGCACCGAAGAAGUGACCAUCACGAGCCUGACCCUGCACAAGGCCGGUGUCUCCGGCACCUCGGUCGGCACCGUCGACGGCGCCGCCUUCAAGCUAGACGGCAAUGACGGCAAGGGCAUCGACUGCAGCGCCACCGCCGCGGGCAUCACCUCCGGUGUUCCCACCGCCGACCUAGCCUGCGGCAGCAGCACCUACAAGUUCAGCGUCCUCCCCGGCGCCGACGCCUCUACCUUCGGCUUGAAGAUCACCCACAACGCCAUCUCCGGCCAAGGCACCGUCAACGUCGUCUGCCGCAGCGGCGGCGGCGACACCUCCGUGUGCAGCCUGACCAGCGACUCGCUCAAGAUCAGCCUGAAGGCUUAGAUUCGCCUUUCCCGGAACGAUCAGUUAAUGUCGUGAAUGAAUUUUUGGAAAUGAAAGUUUACGAAAGCAUGUUUUGAGAACUUUUAGAGAUGAGAUGAGAUGGAUGGAUCCGCUGUUUUUGAUUUCGAAGUAACAUUCUUACACAUAGAC